GCCCGCCAUAGAGUGGUAGUGGCCAGAGCGACUCUACAGGGAGGUGGCAGGAAAGGCUUGGAACAGCUGCCGGAGGUGACGGAGUGGCUGCCCCGCCCGGUGUGCUGGAAGACGAAGCUUCCAGGUAGCGGCCCGCAGAGUCUGAGCCAGGCUCCAGAUAUCCUGAGCCCAGGCCCUCCCAGCUCAUUGCAGCCAUGAGUGCCGAGGUGAAGGUGACAGGGCAGAACCAGGAGCAAUUUCUGCUCUUGGCCAAGUCGGCCAAGGGGGCAGCGCUGGCCACACUCAUUCACCAGGUGCUGGAGGCUCCUGGUGUCUACGUGUUUGGGGAACUGCUGGAUAUGCCUAAUGUUAGAGAGCUGGCUGAGAGUGAUUUCGCUUCCACGUUCCGGCUGCUCACCGUGUUCGCCUAUGGGACAUAUGCUGAUUACUUAGCUGAAGCCCGGAAUCUUCCCCCACUCACGGAGGCUCAGAAGAAUAAGCUUCGCCACCUAUCAGUUGUCACCUUGGCUGCUAAAGUCAAGCCUGACCUCCCUGGGCCCCAGUGUAUCCCAUACGCAGUGUUGCUGGAGGCCCUUGCCCUGCGUAAUGUGCGGCAGCUGGAAGACCUCGUCAUUGAGGCGGUGUACGCCGAUGUGCUCCGCGGCUCUCUGGACCAGCGCAACCAGCGGCUGGAGGUUGACUAUAGCAUCGGGCGGGACAUCCAGCGCCAGGACCUCAGUGCCAUCACUCGGACCUUGCAGGAAUGGUGUGUGGGCUGUGAGGUGGUGCUGUCAGGCAUUGAGGAGCAGGUGAGCCGUGCCAACCAGCACAAAGAACAGCAGCUUGGCCUGAAGCAGCAGAUCGAGAGUGAGGUCGCCAACCUGAAAAAAACCAUUAAAGUUACAACAGCCGCAGCUGCCGCGGCUACAUCUCAGGACCCUGAACAGCACCUGACUGAGCUGAGGGAACCUGCCCCUGGCACCAACCAGCGCCAGCCCAGCAAGAAAGCCUCAAAGGGCAAGGGCCCCAGGCGGUACCAUGGUGGUGUAGGUACAGCAGCAAAAUGACAGCUGUAGUGACUGGGCAGGCACUGAAAACUGAAGGAGGAGGAUUCCCCUACUACAGGAGCUGUGGUCCCAAAAGUGUGAGGCCAAUCUCUUUGCUUUUUUUCUUUGUUCUGUUGAUGUUUAGCUCAGACACAUAAUGGGAAAUACUCAGCAGAGUAGAGAAACUAAAGCCCCUCCCCCCCUCUUUUGCCAGAGGAUUGGGAAAGGAAGACCCAGAGAAUCAAAGUGUCAGGGAGAUCACAGAGAGGAGGGAAACUGAGAGUCCUAUAGAGUUGUGUGUGAACUCCUGGGCUCACUGCAAAGCUGCACAAGCAUGCAUCUGACCUUAAGCAUACUACCAAAGCUUUAUGAAUUGAGCUACAAUGUGGACUACUAUCCAGGUCUGAUUAAUCAUUGGGCAGCACACAUACAGGAUUGAUUUAAAUGACAUCACAAACUGAAAGUUAAACUCACAUUGGAACCACAAGGCAAAGAAGAUAAAUUAUUGCCUGAACCAAACUGGUCAAUCGUGUGCUAAAACGAAAAACAUUCUCAUUAGGAUCUUAGUAAGAUCUAGAGUCUCAAAACAAUAUUCAAAGUAUCCAGAAUUCAAUCUAAAAUUACUCAGCAUACAAAGAACUCUCCAGGGAAAAGACAACCAACCCCAAGACAGAGAUGUUGGAAUUUAAAGCAAAGACUUAUAAGGAGUUAGUAUAACUAUACUGGAAGAAGAAAGGGAGGAGGCUUUUGAAACAAAUGGUAAGAUAGAAAGUUUUAUCAAAGAAAUAGAAGACCUAAGGAAAAGCCUAAUGGAAAUUUUAGAACUGCAAAGUAGGAGUAGCCAAAACAAAAUGUUCACUGGAUAGCAGAAUGGAGAUGACAGAGGAGUGACUUUGAAGAUAGUUAAUAUGUAAGUUAUAACAAACAAAAAAGAUAAAACAGAAUCUCAGAGACCUGUGGGACAAGACCAAAAGAUCUGACAUUUGUGUCAACAGAGUCCCAGAAGGUGCAGAGAAAAAGUAUGAAAUUGGAAAAUUAUUGGCAGUUCUUAUGGCUAAAAUGGUCCCAAAUUUGGCAAAAGCCAAAUACAGAUUCAAGAAGCUUGGUGAAGAGCAAACAAUAUACUCAAAUCUAUGACCAGACACAAUAAAUUGCUGAAAAUUAAAAACAAAAAUAUCCAAAGAACAUCUAAAGAAAAACAACCAAUUUCAUUUAAGGGAACGAUAACUCAGAUUACUGCAGAUUUCUCAUCAAAACUAUGGAAACCAGAGGGAACUGGAAUCACUUAAGGUGCUGAAAGAAAACUGUCAAUUCAAAAUUCUAUAUCCAAAGAAAGUGUCACUCAGAAGUUAAUGUAAAAUAAAGACAGUCUUGGGAUGCCUGGGUGGCUCAGCCGCCGAGCAGCCGCCUUCAGCUCAGGGGAUGGUCCUAGAGUCCCAGGAUCGAGUCCCACAUCUGGCUCCCUGUAUGGAGCCUGCUUCUCCCUCUGCCUGUGUCUCUGCCUCUCUCUCUCUCUCUCUCUCUCUCUCUCUGUGUGUGUCUCUCAUUAAUAAAUAAAUAAAAUCUUAAAAAAAAAUGAAAGGAUCUAACUGAAAUUUAUAGAACACUUACCCAACACAGCAGAAUGACAAUUUCUUUUCAAAUGCAUAUGGCACAUUUACCAAGACAGAUCAUGUCCUGAGUCCUAAAACAAACCUCAACAAGUCUAAAAGGAUUGAAGUCAUACAAAGUAUGCUUUCUGACCAUAAUGGAAUUAAAACUAGAAAUCAAUAACAGAAAGAUAACAGGGAAAUCUCCAAACACACAGAAACUAAACAACCUACUUGUAAAUAAUCCAAUGAUCAAAAAGAAAGUCCCAAGAGGGACACCUGGGUGGCUCAGUUGGUUAAGCAUCUGCUUUUGGCUCAGGUCAUGAUCUCAGGAUCCUAGGAUUGAGCCUCAUGUCAAGCUCUGCACUCAGUGGGGAGUCUGCUUAUUCCUCUCCUUCUGCCUCUCUCCUCUGCUCAUGCUCUCUCUGCCUCCCUCUCAAAUAAAUACAUAAACUCUUUUUAAAAAAGAAGGAAAAUACAAAAUAUCAAAAUACGUGGGAUGCAGCUAAAGUAGUGAUUAAAGAAAAUGAUCACAUCAAAUGUUUAUAUUAGGAAAGAAGAAAGGUCUCAAUGUCAACAAUCUCUACUUCUACCUUGAGAAGAUACACGAACAGCAAAAGUAAACACAAAGCAAGCAAAAGGAAAACAUAAUAAGAGCAGGAAUUAGUGAAAUUUAUUUUUUAAAAAGACUUUAUUCAUGAGAGAGACAGAGAGGCAGAGACACAGGUAGAGGGAGGAGCAGGCUUCAUGAAGGGAGCUGGAUAUGGGACUUGAUCCUGGAUCCUGAGGUCAUACCCUGAACCAAAAGCAGACACCCAAUUGCUGAGCUACCCAGGCUUUCCAGGAAUUAGUGAAAUUUAGAGGUGCCUAGCUGGCUCAGUCGGUAGAAUAUACAACUCUUGAUCUUGGAGUUGUGAGAUUGAGGCCCAUGCUAGGUGUAGAAAUCACUUAAAAAUAAAAAAUUUUUUUUAAAAAGAAAUUAAUGAAAUUGAAAAUAGAAAAAAAUUAAUGAAACCCAAAGUCAAUUGUUUGAAAUGAUCAAUAAAACUGAUAAACCUUUAGCCAUACUGACCCCCAAAAAAUUUUAAUUAAAAAAAAGACACCUGGCUGGCUCAGGUGGUAGAGCAUAUGACUUUUUUUUUUUUUUAAUAGCAUGCAACUCUUGAUCUCAGAAUUGUGAGUUUGAGACUCCCAUUGGAUGUAGAGAGUACUUAAAAAUAAAAUCUUUAAAAAAAUUUUUAAAAAGAGAGACAAGAAAUACCUAUAUCAGGAAUAAAAUAAAAAUACCUAUAUCAGGAUAUCACUAAACUGCCCCCACAGACAUUAAAAGGUUAGUAAGGAAAUAUGACAAAUAAUCCUACACAUAUAAAUUCAACAAUUUAGAUAAAAUGGACCAACACCUUGAAAGCCAUAAGCUACUAAAACUCACCCAAGAAAAAGAAAGAUGUAAAUAUCAAGUGCAGAACUAUAAAGCUUUUAAGAAAUAACAUAGGAGAAAAUCUUUUAGUUACCCAGAGUUAGGCAAAAUGUUCUUAGAUAUGAUACCCAAAACAUAUUUAUUAAAGAUUUUAUUUAUUCAUGAGAGACACACAGAGAGAGAUGGAGACAUAGGCAGAGGGAGAAGCAGGCUCCUCACAGGGAGCCUGAUGCGGGACUCAGUUCUUGGACCCCGGGAUCACACCCUGAGCCAAAGCAGAUGUUCAACCGCUGAGCCACCCAGGCAUUCCAAUGACACUCAAAAUAUGAUACAAAAGAAAAUGAUGGUAAGUUGGACUUAUCUUAAUUGCAACUUUUGCUUUGAAAAAGAAGAUGUCGGGACACCUGGGUGGCUCAGUGGUUGAGUGUCUGCCUUUGGCUCAGGUCCUGGGAUCGAGUCCUGUAUUGGGCUCCCCACAAGGAGCCUGCUUCUCCCUCUGCCUGUCUCUGCCUCUCUCUCUGUAUCUCUUAUGAAUAAGUAGAUAAAAUCUGAAAAAAAAUUUUUGAGGUAAAAAAAAAGAAAAAGAUGUCAAGAGGAGGAAAAGACAAGCUACAGAAUGGGAGAGAAUUGUUUGCAAAUCCUAUUAGCAAAGGACUUCUAACCAGAAUAUGUAAAGAACACUCUUGGGGAUCCCUGGGUGGCUCAGCAGUUUGGCACCUGCCUUCGGCCCAGGGCGUGAUCCUGGAGUCCUGGGAUCGAAUCCCUCAUCGGGCUCCCUGCAUGGAGCUUGCUUCUCCCUCUGCUUGUGUGUCUGCCUCUCUCUCUCUCUCUCUCUCUCUCUCUCUCUCUCUCUCUCUCUUUCUUUCUCUCUCUCUCUCUGUCUCUCUCAUGAAUAAAUAAAUAAAAUCUUAAAAACAAAGAAUGCUCCAAACUCAACUGUAAGGAAAUAAACAGCCCAAUUUUGAAAAAUGGCAGGAAGACUUACAGACAUUUCAUCAAAGAGGCUAUAAUGAUGGCAAAUAAGGACAUGAAGAGAUGUUCAACAUCAUUAGUCACUAGGGAAAUACAAAUUAAAACCGUGACAAGGUAUCUAUUAGAAUAAAUAGAAGAACACCUACGCACUUAAUAGAAUGGGUAAAAUAAAAUAAAAACUGACAAUACUAACUGCUGGCAAGAAUGCAAAAAGCAGCCAGGACUCUCUUACAUUGCUGGUGAGAAUGAAAAAUGGUGUAGCUGCCCUGGAAAAGUUUGGCAUUUUCUUGUAAAUCUAAAUAUACACUUACCAUAUGACCUAGCAAUCCCACUCCAUUUUAUUCCUAAAGAAGUUAAAACACGUUCACACAAAAGCCUGUACACAAAUGUUUAUAGCAACUCUGUUCAUAAUUGCCCCAAACUGGAAACUAGAAUAUCCUCAGAUGGGUGAAUGGAUAAACAGACUAUAAACACACAGUUAAGAGGGACGCCUGGGUGGCUCAGCAGUUGAGCGUCUGUUUUGGGUUCAGGGCGUGAUCCCAGGGUCCAGGAUUGAGUCCCACAUCAGGCUCCCCGCAGGGAUCCCGCAUCUCCCUCUGCCUGUGUCUCUGCCUCUCUCUCUCUCUGUGUCUCAUGAAUAAAUAAAUAAAAUCUUUAAAAACAAAAACAACCCCACACAGAAUACUACUCUGCAAUAAAAAGGAGUAAAUUAUGAAUAACAUGCAACAAACAGGGCAGCCCCGGUGGUGCAGCGGUUUAGCGCCGCCUGCAGCCCAGGGCGUGAUCCUGGAGACCCUGGAUCAAGUCCCUCCUCGGGCUCUCUGUAUGAUGCCUGCUUCUCCCUCUGCCUGUGUCUCUGCCUCUCUCUCUCUCUGUCUCUAUGAAUAAAUAAAUAAAAUAAAAAAACAUGCAACAAACAACAUGAGUGAAUCUCAAAGGCAUUAUGCUGAGUGAAAGAGCUACUUUCAUAUAUGAUUUCAUUAUAUGACAUUCUUGAAACGGCAGAGUUACAGCAAUGGAGAACAAAUCAGUGGUUGUCAAGGGUUAGGAUUAGAGGAAGGGUGUGACUACAAAGGAUCAGCAGGAGGGUGUUCAGGGUGAUGGAACUGUUUUGAUCCUGAUGGCGGUGCUUACACCAAUCUGCGUGUGUUAACACAGAACUGUACACACACACAUACACAGCAAUUUUAUUACAUGUUUAAAAAAUACAAGGUUUAAAAAACAUGUUCUGGGCUGCUGGCAUUCAUCAUUUUAAAUAUGAUGUUAUUA